CUUAAAAGUGAAAAAGUUCUGACAUCCUUUCAUCAUUGUCGGCAUCGGCGCCUUACUAAUCUCACCUCCGUUCACAGGAGUUGGUAAGUAUGGCGACUGAAUCAGAUUCUCCUCCCAACUCGACCAACGACAAUUCCCAAAAUCCGGACUGGCAAAGGCAAACAGGAGACAAAAGAGAAGAAAAAGGGAAAAGAGAAAAGGGAGCAAAAGUAAAAGAGAAAAACAAGGAGAAGAUUGACUCAUAUUAUUACUCCCUUGAACAAACAGGACGUCUAGUACGAGGAGUUAUUUCUUGAAUAUGCGCACAAAAACCACUUAAAAGUGAAAAAGUUCUGACAUCCUUUCAUCAUUGUCGGCAUCGGCGCCGUACUAAUCUCACUCUCCGUUCACAGGAGUUGGUGAGUAUGGCGACUGAAUCAGAUUCUCCUCCCAACUCGACCAACGACAAUUCCCAAAAUCCGGCCGCUUCACAACCAGCUGCUAAAGAUAAUCAGGAUUCCAAGCCUGAGGCUACAAGAGGGAACUCUCCAACUUCUGUAUUUGUAAAUUCAGAACCAGUUCGGGAGGAUCAAGUCCAAAAUGCCAUGAAGUUUCUUUCACAUCCAAGAGUUAGGGGAUCUCCUGUCAUGUAUAGGCGUUCUUUUCUUGAGAGGAAGGGGCUCACGAAGGAGGAGAUAGAUGAAGCGUUUCGUCGAGUUCCGGAUCCCACUCCAAAUGUUUCUAGCACACAGCCAGUAGCUGCAAAUGAAGAUGAGAAAGUGAAAUCUCCAUCAAGUACUCAAACGUUGGCUGCAUCGCAGAAUCUGCAGCCUGUGUCAGCUUUACAGAGUAAUACCAUGAAAAAAAUGGGAUAUUUCUCUCAUUUCCACUGGACUCAUGCAGUAAUGGCUGUUGGCAUACUGGCUGCUUCAGGAGCUGGUACUGCUUUACUUUUCAAGCAUACUAUUGUACCUCGGUUUAAGUCUUGGAUUCGCAAGGUUGUAAUGGAAGAAGAAGAUGAAAAAGGCACUGUGAAGGGAAGACCAAGUUUAACAGAAGAAGCGGCUCUUGCUGCAAAAGCAGCAGCAGCAGCAGCUGCUGAUGUGGCCCGUGCAAGCCAGGAGAUGCUGGCAUCAAAAACUGAAGAGAAAAGGUACUUUGAGGAGCUAACAAAUCUGUUAAACUACCAAGUACGAGAGAUGAAAUCAAUGAGUAGUGCUUUACAGAAGCUGGAAGGGAAAAGUAGUACUUCUGGAAGAAUACCUGCCAGGGAACAAGAUGAUCGAAGAAUUUCGGUUUCCCAUUCUAGGCAAUCCUAUGCUAAUGGAGAACUGGAUGUUGAUGCACAUUCAGUGAGAUCUUUGUCACCACCUGCAUCUGUGGAACCAUCUGUUGCACCCCACCCAAAAUCUUAUAUGGAUAUCAUGGCUAUGAUUCAAAGAGGAGAAAAGCCGUCGAACAUCCGAGAUAUAAAUGACCAGCCACCAAAUCCUAACCACCCUGUACCAGAACCUCGUGUUGGUCCAAAGCCUAAGCCUUGGGAAAUUGGCCAAAGUCAAAACAGUUCAGAGAAUCUUCUCCAAUCUCAAGGGAGUGGCGAUGGCUUGAAUUAUGGAUAUCAAAACAAUCCGAUGAAUGGAGACAGUUCAACGCCUUGGUGGCAACGCAAGAAUGCCAGAAUAACAGAAAUCGAAGCUGUGAACGAACAGAGGUUUGGAUCUACUGCUCCAGCAGCUGAGGUACGACCAGUUCAGCGAUCCUGGGUUCCUCCCCAGCCACCUCCAGUUGCAAUGGCAGAAGCAGCUGCAGCCAUCCGACAACCUAAAAAGACUUUGUUUCAGAAAGAAAAGCUGACCGAUGAUGAGUUGAUGGCUCGUUCCACAGAAAUAUCAGAUGACUUGCAGAGGAUUACAAAAAUCUCUGAAUCAGGUGGUCUCACUGAAGUUGAUGGUUCAAGUUCUGCGCAACAGUUGAGUGAGGCACCUAUUACAAAUGGUGACUCUAUCUUAAGCAGCUGAAGCAUCUUUUCUUGUACCUGUCAUAAGGUUUGUUUAUUUGCCUAUUUGGUCUUGAGGUUUAUCACAAUCUUGGUAGGUACAUUUUAUCGAUGAAUUCAAGAUUCUCAUGCUUCCAUUGUGCUUCUAGGUUGAAAUUUAGAAGUAUACUUCUUAGCUUGCUCUUAUGUGAAAAGAUCAUCUUGUUAUACCAAAUGUUUAUUUGCAACCACCA